AUGGCGAGCCUCAAAGAAGGCGAUACCUUCCCCGAAGGUGUAGAGUUCUCCUACAUCCCCUACACUCCCGAAACCUCCUCCCCCACCUCCUGCGGCAUUCCUAUUACCCUCAAAGCCAGCCAAGAAUUCUCCUCCAAGAAAGUUGUCCUCUUCGCUGUUCCCGGUGCGUUCACGCCAGGAUGUUCAGUGCGGCAUUUACCGGGGUACAUCGAGCACGCGGAGAAGAUGAGGGGAAAAGGUGUGGAUUUGGUGUGUGUGGUUGCGAGUAACGAUGCUUUCGUUAUGAGUGCUUGGGGAAAGGUUAAUGGCAUCAAAGAUGAGAUUUUGUUCUUGUCUGAUCCGGAUGCGAAGUUCAGUAAGUCGAUAGGAUGGGAUAUGGGUGUUAGUCCGAAUAGGACGGCGCGGUAUGCGAUGGUGCUUGAUCACGGGAAGGUGGUUUAUGCUGAGAAGGAGCCUGGGAGGGAUGUUACGGUCUCAGGAGCACUUGCUGUAUUGGCAAAGUUGUGA